AUGGAUUUAGUCCCUGAAGCAAAAGAAGAAGCUAAUAUAAACUCAGAACAGGAUUCAAAAAAUUGGUCAAAAUGGAACAAGAAAUGCGCGUUAGCAAUCAUUUCGUUAAUUGGCAUGCUUGGACCUUUGGGAGCUUCAGCGUUUUUUCCGGCUAUUUUGCAAGUGAAAGAAGAUUUAAAAACCACACAUACUCUUGUAAACACGUCAGUUGCCAUUUAUAAUUAUAUGAGAGGGUUUGCGCCAUUAUUUUGGGCAUCAUACUCAGAUAUAAGAGGAACAAGAAGAAAUGUAUAUUUAUUAUCCAUGAUGAUCGUAGCGGUAUCAAGUCUUGUAACCGGAUUUUCAAGCAGCAUUUAUUGGCUGAUGUUUUUUCGAUUAUUUCAAUCUUUUGGAAUUUCCUCGGUACAUUGUCUCGCGGCAGGCGUUUUAAGUGAUAUAUACAUUCCAACAGAGAGGGGGAGGGCCAUUGGAACUUUCAACUUUAUAUUCUUUAGCGGAGCAUUUUUUGGACCACCUCUAGGAGGGUUCCUUACACAAUAUAUAAGUUGGAGAGCAUUUUUUUGGUUUGUCGCAAUAUACUCUUUUGUGAUGUUCCUACUUGUGUUCUUCUUUUUACCAGAAACUUAUAAUCCGAGACUAGAAAAUAAGAAGGAUAAAAAAUCAUUUGUUAAUCCAUUUUCUCCAAUAUUAUUAUUACGAUAUCCGAAUAUAACAUUUGUCGUGUUAUAUUGGAUAUGGAUAGUAGCGAUUCAUUAUGUAGUAAACAUUCUAAUACCUAAAAAAUUUAAUCAAGUUUAUGGGUUAAAUGCGGCCGAUAUUGGGUUGUUAUACUUAUCUCCCGGACUUGGCAUGAGCAUUGGAAGUUAUUUUGGUGGAAAAAUCUCAGAUUUCCAAUUAAGCAGAAAUAUAGAAUCAUAUGGUGGAGUUUUUUACCCUGAAUUAAGACUUAACGCGGCAUGGUUUGGUGCCGCGUUGACGCCUUUUGCAUAUUUAUUAUUUGGUUGGAGUUUAGAAAGAGCUCUUGACAUCGCUUAUCCUAUAGCUUCCGCUGGUAUUGGAACUUUUGUGUCACAAAUUGCGGUGAAUUCAUUGGAAACUUAUUUAAUUGAUUCACUUCCGGACGCUAGUGCUUCGGUUAUAGCAUUACAAAACAUUAUUAGAUCAAUAGUUUCUUCGACUAUGGUUAUCCUUGCUGCGCCUUUAGAUGAUUCUAUAGGUAUUGGUUGGACGAUGACACUCAUGAUUGGAAUUAAUCUAUUAACUUUUGUAGGUUUAAUUGCUGUUUACUUUUGGGGGAGGAAAUGGAGAGAAAGUACAGUUAGUUCUAUUCCUAGAAGGAAAAGUGUUUCCAUAAUUGGGGAUAUUGAUGAAGAAAUUGUAAUGGAGGGAUUAUAA